GGCGGCGCGGGGCGCUGAUGCCGCGCGGGGCGGGGGGGGGCGCGCGGCCAUGGGGCGCGGGAUGGGGCCGCCGCCGCCGCCGCUGCCGCUGCUGCUGCUGCCGCUGCUGAUCGCCGGGGCAGGUCUGGGCAGCGUGGCCAGAGCAGGCAGCCCCUGCGAAAAAGCCUGCAACCCCCGGAUGGGCAACCUGGCACACGGGCGGGCGCUGCAGACAGAGACGACCUGCGGGCACCGCACCACCGAGCCCUUCUGUGCCUACACCGAGGACGCCCAGCGCCGCUGUAAGCGCCCCACAUGUGGCCGGUGCAGCAGAGCCCAUGCGGGGCUGGCUCACCCCGCUGCUGCCAUGGCAGACUCCCCAUUCCGCCUGCCCCGCACCUGGUGGCAGGCAGCCCAGGAUGCCCUUCGUGAGACCAUCCGGCUGGACCUAGAAGCCACCUUCUACUUCACUCAUUUGAUUUUGGUCUUCAAGUCGCCCAGGCCAGCUGCCAUGGUGCUGGAGCGCUCCCAGGACUUUGGUGAGACGUGGAAGCCUUACAAAUACUUUGCUGCUAACUGCUCGGCCACCUUUGGGCUGGAGGAUGAUGUGGAGCAGAGAGGAGCCAUUUGCACUUCCAGAUAUUCGAGUCCCUUCCCCUGCACUGGAGGAGAGGUGAUAUACCGAGCCCUGUCACCGCCUUACACUGCUGAGGACCCAUACAGCGCAGAAGCGCAGGCACAGCUGAAGAUCACCAACUUGCGAGUGCGACUGCUGGAGCGGCAAGGCUGUCCCUGCCUCCCGGCGGACCCAGACCCCCGACCCUUGCCACCCCUGCACUACGCCAUCUACGACUUCAUUGUGAAGGGCAGCUGCUUCUGUAACGGCCACGCUGACCACUGCGUCCCCGUCACCGGAUUCAAGCCUGUCAAAACAGCUGGCGUUUUCCACGUGGUCCAUGGGAAAUGCAUGUGCAAGCACAACACAGCAGGGUCCCACUGCCAGCACUGCGCCCCGCUCUACAAUGACCAGCCUUGGCAGGCUGCCGACGGCAAAACCGGAGCCCCCAAAGAAUGUCAGUCCUGCAAGUGUAAUGGGCAUGCCGACACUUGUCAUUUUGACAUGGAUGCAUGGCUGGCAUCAGGCAAUCGAAGCGGCGGCGUCUGUGACAACUGUCAGCACAACACAGAAGGGCAGCACUGCCAGCGCUGCAAGCCAGGCUUCUACCGGGACCUCAGGAAGCCCUUCUCUGCCCCAGAUGCCUGCAAACCCUGUUCCUGCCACCCCCUGGGAUCAGCCACGCUCCCCCUUGGCCCCCGCACCUUCUGUGACCCCAGUACCGGUGACUGUCCCUGCAAGCCUGGCGUGGCAGGGCCCCACUGCGACCGCUGCCUCCCCGGGUACUGGGGCUUCGGUGCCUAUGGCUGCCGCCCCUGCGACUGUGCCCGCAGCUGCGACCCCCGCACUGGGGACUGCCACAGCAGCAGCUCAGACGUGACCUGGCACCACGAAGCGCCUCCAUUCCAGGCAGUGCUCAACGAGAGUGAGCCCACCUGGGGCUGGGAGGAUGAGCAGGGCUUCUCAGCACUCCGGCACUCUGGUAAAUGCGAAUGUAAAGAGCAAGUUUUAGGGAAUCCCAAGGUCUUCUGCGGGAUGAAGUACACCUACGUGAUCAAGACGAAGAUCUUGUCAGCUCAUGACAAAGGCUCCCAUGCAGAAGUUAUUGCAAAGAUCAAGAAAGUCUUGAAAUCUACAAAGCUGAAGAUUCUCCGGGGCAAGAGGACACUCUACCCUGAAUCCUGGACUAACAGAGGCUGCACUUGUCCCAUCCUCAAUCCUGGCUUGGAGUACCUUGUGGCAGGACAUGAGGACAUCCGAACGGGCAGACUUAUUGUCAACAUGAAAAGUUUUGUCCAUCAGUGGAAGUCGGCUCUCGGAAGAAAGGUCCUAGAGAUGUUGAAAAGAGACUGCAUCUAGAGGUGUGUAACUGCUUAGGGCAUUUUUUUAUGCACAAGAUGUAGCAGCCUUCACAGAGAGAAGACCUCUAGGAUGGAAACUGGAAUGUAAGAAAAUAGUGCCAAAAUGUGUAGCAAGUCAUUCAGAGUUGUAGGCACUGUCUAAUUUAAUCCUUCCUGGCCAAUGUUCAUUCAUUUGCCUGUAGCUUCCUUGCCAGGGUCUUACCUGAGCCCAGCUCAUCAUUGUGUUGAGAGAAACAAAAGGAAGGGUGGUCGCUUGUCUCACUCCAUUGAGAUGUUGGAGCAACUCUUAUGAAGCCACUGAUCAUCCCAGACUUUCCCCAGAGGGAAAGUGUGCCCAUGAGCUACAUCUGAGAAGCAAAACAAGGCUGCCAUUACCACCGGUGCAGAUCGUGAGUGACUUCCAGAGGCUUUCGGAGAAUGCUGUGGGGAAGGUCACAGCCGCAGCAGCGGGCAGGCACUGGCAGCAGUGUGGUAGUGACGACUGUUCUUUAGAAACACCCCCUCAGGUUAGGACACACCUGUCAAAACGAGCACUGUGUGCUUUUAAUAGAGACCCCACUGAAGGUUUUGAAGGCUGCAUUCUCUGCCAGUGCUGGUGAGGAUGGAGCUGCCAGAGUCAAUUGAAUCUCUUCUGCCUUGGCACAAGCACGGCACAAGGCAAAGAUUGGCUCUCCACCCACUGUACAGCCACAGAGAAGAGACAGUUCCAGAGGGUGCAGCAUCUCUGAGCUUUUGUCCUUGAAGUGUUAAAAAACAAACCUAUCCCUAGUGUAAAUAUUUUCAUUGUAUAAAGCACUUUACUACCUGCCACUUCAUGGUGCAGGAAGUCUAAUUGUGUUGGGGAAAGAAGAGGUUGAAGGUGGCAGGUGAAAAAAACUCUCUGAAACAGAAGCACUCCUGAAGACUCCCCCAGUUGGACAGCAUUAACGGUAUAAAGGGAACGGCCAGCCUGGCACUGGCCACUCAGAGUAUCUGAGGAUGCAAUCUGAGAGAUAAAGUAUUUGCACUGAGGUCCCAGCUUCAGACCAGCACAUGGACCCCAUGGGCAGGACUCCAGCGAGACUUCACAAGCAGCAUGAGAAGAAGAAGAGACUUUGAGACAAAAAAUGCAAUUGCCAGAGGAGAAAAACUCUGCCUGCAGGAAGAGGAGUGGAUGCAGAGAACGGAAAGGACUCACAUUUGUGUAUCACAACCCAGUGAUUCAUGGUGGGCCUGGAGUUUAUUUUCUGUUAGUAUUUAAAACUGAACAUUUUAUUUGUUUUCUUCCGCGUUAUUGUUUGCAAUAUAUACAACCAUUAUACUUCCUCAUUAACACCAGUAUGGAAUAUAGCACAGUUUACUGCAGUUUUCAGCACUAAAAUAGAUAUUUUCUGUAAGGUAUCUUUAAACCACAUUGCAUAGAGUGUAUUUUGUUCAUGAGCGUGAGGGGAAGGAAAAGGAAGGCAUACAACACCUGCAAAAUCACGAGUCUACCAAUCUGCAUUACGUAUGUAUUUUUCUUUCAAGGUCCUGUGGGCUCACAAAAAAAAUUUAUACUAUUUUGGUAAUUUGUUUUUAUAUCUCAUGUAUGUAAUAAAUAUAAUAUGAUUUCAA